GCGCAACCGCUUGGUCCGCCGGCCGCCGUUGCCUCGCGCCAACCCCAGACCCAAUAGGCACCAGAGGUGCACUCGGAUUUCCUCUCCUGGCCGAGCCGACGGCGUGGGUGAGCUCUACUCCCUCCAAAUCGGAGACGGAAGGCCCUGCCCUGCGCAGCCUACAUAUAUAUAUGCACCCCACAACCACUUGCCACAUCGAUCGAAUCGAGCCUUGGAACAAUGUCGUCGUGGUCAGGCCUCGCCUUCGUCGUAGCCUCCGCCGUCACGGGCAGUGCCGUGACGCUGGCGGCGUCGGCGUUCUAAGACCUCUACUUCCAGCGCUCGCAUGCCUUCGACAUCAUGCCCCCGGAUCUGUCCCCUGGCAGCCGGUACAUCUACACCCGCGCCCAGAACAACGACAAGGCGGAGCGGGCCAUCACCACCUGCAGCGUGCUCAGCGCCUUGGACGCCGGCAGGGCUGAUCCGGUCGUCGGCCGCGACGACGAGAUUGACCGCGUCAUCUGCAUCCUCUGCCGCCGCACCAAGAACUGCGCCGCGCUUGUCGGCGCCGCGGGGGUCGGUAAGACGGCCAUUGUUGAGGGCCUCGCCCAACGCAUCGCCGCCGGGAACGUCCCGGACAUGCUGGCAGGAGCGCGCAUCCUGGAGCUCGACAUGGGGGCGGUUGUUGCCGGGACAUGCUGGCGUGGCAUGUUCGAAGAGCGCUUGAAAGACGCCAUCAAGCACGCGGAGGAGGCAGGAGGCAAGGUGAUCCUCUUCAUUGAUGAGUUGCACAUGAUUGUUGGCGCCGGCGAUAAAGGAGGCCCCAUGGACGCCGCCAAUAUCCUCAAGCCAGCAUUAGCCCGCGGCCGCAUCCGUUGUGUGGGUGCUACCACUUGCCAAGAGUACCAAAGGUAUAUCCAGACGGACGCUGCACUUGAGCGCCGGUUCCAGAAGGUUGUCGUCGAGGAACCAAGCGUGCAGGGCACCAUCACCAUCCUAAAAGGGCUGAAACAGCGGUACCAAGAGCACCAUGGCUUGAAAAUCCAGGACGAUGCUCUCGUUGCUGCAGCACAGCUCGCCGCCCGUUAUAUUACUGGUCGCCAGUUUCCUGACAAGGCGAUUGAUUUGAUUGACGAGGCAUGCUCUACUGCAAAGGUGCAUUUUGACAAGCAGAAAGUGGAGAAUAAUAUAAUUAGCUCUAUAUUUGCACCGAAGGAGUUAACUGUUGGCCCAGAUCAUGUCGCACAGGUUGUCAGUCGAUGCACUAGAAUCCCUCUCACGACACUUGGUCAAGAGGAGAAGGAGAAGUUAGUCCACCUAGCGGAAAAAUUGCAUGAGCGAGUCAUCGGUCAGGAUGAAGCGGUCAAUUUGGUUGCGCAAGCGGUGCUACGUUCUAGGGUUGGUUUUGGUCAAUCUAGCCGACCGAUAGGUUCAUUCCUCUUUUUGGGGCCGCUUGGUGUUGGAAAAACAGAACUCGCAAAAGCUCUCGCCGAGAGGAUAUUUCACAAUGAGAAGAUGUUGAUCCGCUUUGAUAUGUCGGAAUAUGCUGAGAGUGGGUCUCUGUCGCGCCUCAUUGGGGGACCUCGAAGCUAUGAAGAAGAUGGAAAACUUACCGAGAAAGUCAAGAGGUCUCCAUACAGUGUUGUCCUUUUCGAUCAGGUGGAUAAGGCAGACCCCUCAAUAUUCAAGGUUUUUAUCCAACUCCUUGAUGAUGGUACGUUGACCGAUGGCAAAGGACACGUCGUAGAUUUUAAAAACACUAUCAUCAUUAUGACCUCAACUCUAGGAGCAGAGCACCUAACAACAAGAAUGGGCAUAGAAAACACAGUCAAAGCUGGUCGGGGUCUUCUUAUGGGGCAGCCUGAACUUAUUGACAGACUGAGUGAGGUUGUGAUAUUUGAGCUGCUUUCACACGACGAACUGAAGGAAAUAUUGAAAAUCCAGAUGAAGGAUGUCAUUGCCACAGUAGCUAACAAGGGUGUCUCUCUAUUUAUAACUGAUGCCGCGCAGGAUGUCAUUUUGUCGGAAUCAUACCACCUGGUAAGUGGCGCAAGGCCCAUGAGGAGAUGGGUGGAGAAGAAUGUGACGACAGUUCUUUCAAACAUGCUGGUCAAUGGAGAAGCUUGUGAAGGCUCGACCAUCUCCAUCGAUGCUGCAGAUGUUAACAGGGGGCUGAGGUACCAUGUACUGAAGAAGCAGGGGAGCACAGACCCAUAAAGCCAACGACGAGUUCUGCCGUGGUCACUCCAUAGCAGCAUCUGACAAAAACAGUGGAUGUAUAUAGGUUGUUUCUGAUUUAUGAUGGGUAUUUAGCUUUGUGUAACAAGCUGUAUGCACACAUACAAAUAUAUCCAGGUUGAUCAAGGUUAUUGAGCUAUACAAUUGCAGUAAGUGUGAGUUUUGCCAUGGCCAGUCCAUGCUCUGUGUGUAGUACACACAUAAACAAAUAUAUCCAGAUUGAUCAAAGCUACUCAGUACAUUGUCACAUUUAGUUAGUUGCAUUUACUAUAUUUCUUACUUGCUUUUUUAAACUGUCCGCCUUUCGGGGGUUGUCAUAAGCAGGGCCAAGAGGAUUUUUUUUCUAGGACUAUUGUAUCGGCUAUUUAUGAUGCGCACAAUGAAGUGUUCCUGCACUGGCACUAUUUUAGGACCGCAAAUACUAAUAGUGUAACAGAUGAUACAUUUUUUUUGUCUGUGUGAUCUAUGGCACCUGCCUGCUGAUUGUAAUUUCCUACAUCAACAGGAGUGAAGCAAGCACUGAUAUUAUUGUCGGAUAAAACGGACUUGGCCAAUCUUGGAAAUGGUCUGCAGAGCUUGGCAUGCCUCUUUCGUGCUGUGGGAUGUCCUCCAUCUCCAAAG